CUUAUUGGUUAAUCGUUGAUCACGUGGUUCUUUAUUACGUUCCUAUUGGUUAAUCGUUGAUCACGUGGUUUGUUUACGCUCAUUCGAAUGGGCCCAUUUUCCCGCGGAACAGAAACUGUUAAUUUCUAGUAAUUAUUGAUAUUAAUUCAUUGAGAUUUCUAGCGUUAAAUGAGGUUCCUAUAGAUAAGAAGAUUUAUGUAUAUCGUGUUAUGUGUGUACGAAAUUUCGGAGGAAAUUAUACAAAAUUGAAUGAAACGAAAAAUUACAGAAUUGAAGAAGAAGCGUACCCAGAGCUGAUAAUUGACUGUGAUCGAAAUUAUUGUUUGAGACAUGAUUUAUUUCAACUAUUCAUUACUAAUCACGUGACUUGGAAGCGGUGAUUCAACCGCACAGAAGCGAGCUUCGCGCUGAGCUGUCUUUAUUUCCCAACUAUCUCUGGUAGAAUGUACAGAACAAAUAUUGCUAGUCGAAGUAAGUGUUCAACGUUACGACGAGACAUCGAAAAUGAGGAACCGUCUACAAAUUUUGCAACGGACACGAAUCAUGUGGCGCAACUUCUACGUUCCUGGACGAUUCGGUUGAAAACUAGCAGCGAGUUGGAAAAGUAUCCCGUCGAGAUGGAGGUGAAGCCGAUACCAAAACCUAGGUCAACGUUAUCCGAGAGACCGGUACCAGCUCCGAGGAAGUUACCACCGGCUUUACCAGCGACCAGAGUCUACACUCACAGUGAAUCGAGCCAGUCAGAGAAAAGCGACGACUCGAAAUCGAUACCGGAUACACGUUCCUCUACGAACACCGAAUUCUUUCGUAAUCUAAGCACCAGUUCUCGUCAACUGAAAGACGAGAUUUCGGAGAGGAUGACGAUAAAGGGUCGAGCGGUGAUAUCCAGCACGAUAAACGCCAGCAUAAGAUUGGAAAAAUCGGUGAAGAAUCUCCUGACGAGAAGAUUGACAACUCUGAACCAAGACGAGCUUCUUCGUGAUAAUUCAACCGACAGCAAGAAGCUGAAGAGCCCCGUGGAAAACGACAGAUGCGCGUCUUUACCUGCCGAUGAUAUUUUCAGCAACAUCUCCUUUUACAGCCCGUUGAACAGCAAUCUGAGGAGCGUCAGAAACGAGGAGGAUCUUUCCGGGAUGCGACACAGUCCACCCCCUCCUGUAUAUCCUCCUCCCCCGCUUCCUGAUGAGUCUAUCUACGACGAAUUGCAAUCAGUCACGUCUGGAAGUAGUCGAUACGACACUAUCUCUGACAAAGUCGAGAGAGAUUUCCCGGGCUCGUUUGAUCUUCUCAAUUUAGUACUAAAUCAGACCAGCGACUCCGAUCAGAGUUUGAACCUGUCCGACGUGAACGUGGCUCUACCCUACGACAAGUCCGACAGCAUCAAAAGGUUAUCAAGGUCCGAUUCCUGGACUUUCUAUGACACAGCACCGGCCAGUAAAUCCGAAGGGGUAGAUGAGUUGGACAGGAUAUCCAGCGCGGAAGAAGAUAUCCUGGACAAAGAGAUUCCUAUUCUCGACAGAACGUCGUCAGCGUCAAACGAGAGUCAAGCGUCCAUUCAAAAUUCUCUGUACGAAAAUUUAUCGUACAGAAAGGUUCAAGAGGAGAAAGAAACGAUGCCUGCGGUUACGGAAAACAGACAGCAGAGCAGUAAAUCCUUGCUAUUCGAAUUUGAUCCAUUUGCUAGAACCUCCGAAGAGAACGUGUACAGUAAUUACGAGAACAAUGAUCGGAUGUUACUGGAGACUCUGUUAUCUAGCAACGAUACACCGAGUAGUUCUGGAAGCAUUUUGGAUUCCCAAGAAGUCACAGAGAACGAGGAAGAACAAGAAGAGGUGGAGAAUGAGGAUGUAGCAGAGCAUCCAAGAAUCUUACCUGUACCACCGGAACCGCCUAAAAGGUUUGAUUCAUUACCGAAGAACGAGUACGACGAGGUAACGGAGACUCUAUCGACCGAUAAGAGCACCACAGGUAAAAAUCCGGCUCUUCUACCGAAACUGGCCCACCUGGUGACGAGAAAACAACCCGCUGUACCUCCAAGAAAGUCGGCUGGAAAACGUUCUAAUAAUACAUCUUCUGCUGCGUCUAAAACCGUGACUUCGACGACCAAUGAUGGAAGCACACCAGUUACAACUACAACGAGCGUAACAUCGACGAAUAUUACCAAGGAAACAUCAAAUUCUUCGAGUGGAAAGACAACGGAAGAGCCUAGACGAGUGGGUAUGAUACAGAAACUGAGAAAACUAAGGCACGAAUCGUCGUCUCAUGGUAUUAAACCAAAUGUAAUCAGUUUCGUGAAGAGUGGGAGUAAAUUACUAUCCAGGAAUCGUGACCACAGUGGAACUGUAUCGAAUGCUAAUUUGAAACUGGAAAGGCCACAGGUUGAUGGUCUCCAGAAUCCUGCGAAGCAUAGCGGAACCGUUUAUAGAAAUGGUGUUGGUAUCGAAAGAGCGAAGGACCUGGUGCCAAGGCUAGCAGUCUUGUCUGACCAGAAGCUCUCGUUUUAUACGGAUAAGGGCAUGUCUACUCUGAAGGAGGUCAUUCAACUCGACACAGUGUACAGCAUUCAUCUUCUGCAGGACGUUAAGAUGGUCGACGGUGAAACAGUAUAUUGCAUAGCAAUUAGCGGCGAAGGAAGACCAAGUGUUCAUGUAUUCUACGCGAAAGGCAUCGUUGAAUGGAGAAUUUGGGCACAAAGGAUAUUGGAGGCCAUCACAACAGUCUUUCCCACGAAAUACACUGCAGAGGAUUUAAGGAGAGCAGGAUGGGCUUACUUAAAGGAAGGCGUAACAGGCGUAUGGUUUCCGGCCUGGGUUCUGCUGCAUCAGAGAACUUUAAUUUAUACAAAAUCUCUGGAGCCCUCCAUGGGUGUAAGUUUUGGAAAGUUGGAUCUUCGAAAAGCACGAUGCAUCGUUCUACGAGAACAGGAAGGGCCAAAUCCCGGAAUGGGUUCGAUUCCAGUGGUAGUUGUGGACGCAGGUGGCAGCGGUGCAUUACACGUGGCUGCACCAGGAGUUCACGAAGGAUCUGCAUGGAGACACGCGCUUUAUCAAGCAGCUACCAACUGUGGUCCUGCCUUGGAACAACAGCAACUCACACAGGACAACGUGCCUGUGAUUCUCGACAAGUGUAUCAAUUUCAUUUACGUUCAUGGUAUAAUGACAGAGGGUAUUUAUCGUCGAAGCGGAUCGAACAGUGCCGUUGUCAAAUUAUUGGAAGCCUUUCGUCGCGACGCAUGGGUAACGCAAAUUACAAGAGGAGCGUAUACGGAGCACGACGUCGCGACGGUUCUCAGAAGGUUUCUCCGUGAUUUACCGAAUCCAUUGUUUCCUGCUGACAUUCACGAUCGGCUUUGUUUCACCUCAGAAAAUAAUAAGGAGGACGAAAAGGUUUCGACGUAUAGGAAACUAUUGUCCAUGCUGGGUGCUGUACCUGCCGCAACGCUCAGAAGGAUUCUCGCUCACCUUCACUGUUUGAGUCAGCAAAGCUCCAGGAACCUGAUGACCUGUGAAAAUCUUUCCGCGAUCUGGGGACCAACGUUGAUGCGGGCAGGCGAGAAAAGCGCCGAAAAAUGGAACAGAGCAGAGACCAGAGUGAUCGGUGACCUCAUUAAACUCUAUCCGAAGUUGUAUCAAUUGACCGCCGCUGAUUUAGCGAAAGAGGCGAAGAUUUUAGAGGUUCUCGAAAAGCAUCAUGUUUCUAAUAAUGGACCACGCGGCGCACCCUCGGGAGAUCUCAAGAUUUGGAUAUACAUCUUCUCGAGGGACGGCGAAUGUGUGAACGUCACUAUUGGGCCACACAAAACUGCGUAUGAUGUAUGCCAAGAACUUGCAGAGAAAACUAAUUUAUCGGCUCAUGAAUUGUGUCUGGAAGAAUAUACAUUGUCUGGCGCGUUGGAACGACCACUGCAUCACAGUGAGCGUGUCCUCGAGACAGUGGCGAGGUGGGGAUACUGGGAUCCAGAAGAUAGGAAGGACAACGUCCUCAUACUUAAAAAAGAUCAACUCUACAAGGAUAUAGCACCUCUGGUAACACCACCCAUGACAACAGCGGGUGAACUUAAGUUCGCUGAUAAAAAGUCGAAGAAUUUUAAAAACUACCUCUUUGAGUUCAGUCACGCAAAGCUUUACUGUUACAAAGACAAAUUCUGUUCGAAUAAAUUGUAUGAAUGGAAAAUAGAAGAUAUUAUUUGGUAUGUAGGUCAUGAGCCAAAACGAAAUCCGCAGACAGGAUGGUCUAUCACGUUUAUAGCAAAAAAUACAAAACCAACUAGGUGUAAAGAAAGCCCAUUUUUUGGAAACACUUUAGCAGGAUCGUUAAAAGACGAACAAUACAAAUGGUUAGCAGCUAUGACCUUUGCAGAAUAUCAGUUAAAUAUUCGGCCUCCUUCAAUCAAUCUUAUGGAGCCAUAAAUUGAUUAAUUUAUUGUUUUUUAAGUUACAGUAUUUAGUGCCUUCAAUGUUUAUAGCAAUUAUUUUUGUACCAUACAUUAAAUGUUUUUUCUCUUUGAUUCAA